UGACGUGACGUGUUCGCGGCUGUCAGAGCUCAGCCAAUCAGCUUUCAGUUUCCAGUGCUGCGCUCCAGAAUGAUACAGACCGGGGGGGUCGUCGUUAAGUCAUGAACUUAAGUAACUUCUUCACAUCCAUCGGUUAAGUACACCUUAAGCCAUGCCUGUGACAUCUCAGCUGCUCAGAGGAUUGCCCCGUGCCAAGGUCUUAGCCUCCAGUCUGUUACCAUGCCAACAACACCAGCACCAGUUAGGACCCAUCACUCGGCAACCCGCCUCAAGACGGCCCUCUCAUGUGUCGCAGAGCCUCCAGCACUCAAGAAGUUACCAUACAACCUCAGUGCUCCGCAGCUACAUCCUCACACCGCCGCAGGUCAACUCUAUUCUGAAGGCCAACGAGUACAGCUUCAAGGUGCCAGAGUUUGAUGGGAAGAAUGUAUCAUCAGUGAUGGGUUUUGAGAGUAAUCAGCUGCCAGCCAACGCUCCUAUAGAAGACCGUCGCAGUGCAGCCACGUGCCUGCAGACGAGAGGAAUGCUGCUGGGUGUGUUUGAUGGCCAUGCUGGCUGUGCCUGUGCACAGGCGCUGAGUGAGAGGUUGUUUUACUAUAUAGCAGUGUCUCUGCUGCCCCACAACACACUGUGUGAGCUCGAAGCAGCGGUGGAGGCCGGCAGGGCCCUCAGUCCAAUCCUGCAGUGGCACAAACACCCCAACGACUACUUCAGCAGGGAGGCUCAGACUCUGUACUUCAACAGCCUCCGAACAUACUGGCAGGAGUUAAUAGAUCUCACCAGUCCAGGUGAAGUUCCAGAUACUCAUGAGGCAUUGCUGAAUGCCUUCAAGAGGCUGGACAAUGACAUUUCCCUGGAGGCUCAGGUUGGAGACCCGAAUGCUUUCCUGCACUACUGGGUUCUGAGAGUAGCCUUUUCUGGAGCAACGGCCUGCGUGGCUCACAUCGAUGGAUCAGACCUGUAUAUAGCCAAUUCAGGAGACGCUCGGGCAGUGUUGGGGGUGCAGGAGGAGGACGGUUCAUUCAGCGCUCACACACUCUCAAAUGACCACAGCGCCCAGAAUGAGGAAGAGGUGGCUCGGAUACGAGGUGAACACCCUCCAUCAGAGAAGAAGACAGUCAUACGACAGGACCGGUUGCUCGGCCUGCUCAUGCCCUUACGUGCAUUUGGGGACGUGAAGUUCAAGUGGAGUAUUGAACUGCAGAAGUGUGUGUUGGAGUCCGGACCCGAUCAGCUCCAUGAAAACGAGCACACCAAGUUUAUCCCUCCAAACUACCACACACCCCCCUAUCUGACCGCCGAGCCGGAGAUCACGUACCACAAGCUGCGGCCGCAGGAUCGCUUCCUGGUGAUUGGCUCCGACGGCCUCUGGGAGACCCUCCACAGACAGGAAGUGGUCCGUAUUGUUGGAGAGUAUUUAACAGGGGUGCACCAGCGUCAGCCCCUCAAAGUCGGAGGCUACAAGGUCACCCUGGGACAGAUGCAGGAGUUGCUCGACGAGAGAAAGGCUCGUGUGUCUUCGGUUUUCGAGGAUCAGAACUCAGCGACCUAUCUGAUACGUCACUCUGUGGGAAACAACGAAUUUGGCACGGUUGACCACGAGAGACUGUCGAAAAUGCUGUCGCUGCCCGAGGAGCUGGCUCGCAUGUACCGCGAUGACAUCACCAUUAUCAUCUCUCAGUUCAACCCUCAUGUGAUCGGAGCACAGAGACAAGAAGGGCAGUCCUGAGCUGUACGAAAGUGUUAUACUGAAGAGUACACACACUUGUCUAACUGUACUUCUACACAUUAGCACACUAUGUUGGACAAACAGGCCAUAUUAAGAAAAUGUCUGUCCAGCGGCCGGGAAGAAUUGUUUUAACUAUUUAAGUAAUGAAUUUGUAUGUUUGUAUGCAGUGCCAGAGAAGAUCCGGUUCCUCAUGAAGAUCUUGGUUGGAUGGAAGUCUCUUAUAUGACGUGCUAUAUAUGCUGCCAACAUCCUCUGGCAACCGUUUCAUACACACUUCUCUGCGUGGCUGAUGAGACGCUGUUACAAACCAAUUUUUGUGCCAAACGUUUCAACACUCUUUCUUUUGUUAUUUGCAACCCCGGCACAAUCUUACUCACUUUCUCGGCUGCUCCUGCGUCUUUUUCGACCCGACUGUUGCAUCUCUUUGUUUUUACUCCUUUGCAUUUGUCAUCGUAUGAGAAAUUCUCAGUACUCUCCAAACAUGCACAUGUUCUGCAUUUACACUUCACUCUUCAGAGUAUUUGGAUGAGGAUUUUUACUCCAGCACAAUGGAUUUCAAGUAAAACAGUGGCUUUUUAAGUUUUAAAGGUGGAGUCCGGCCUUUCUGGAGAAAGAUUGUUGAUAUUUGAACUCGACACCCAAACAAAGAAAUACCUCCCCUCCUGUCAGUGCUCCUUCAGAACGCUAGCAUGUGCCAGAUUUACCGUCCCUCGCGCUCCCACGGCCUUUCUCUUUACACAUCCACGGCCCCAGUUGGUGAUUGGCUGGAAUAGUGUUGUGGUUCUUGCUCAGAGCCCAUUUACAGAGUGUAUGAACACUAGAAAGCUAGCGGAUUGUAAGGAGAUAUUUGCUGAAUUUGACAAAAAGUGUAUUUAAUUACAAUCAUAGACUUUCAAAUGUUUACAUCCAUAUUGGGUGAACAAUGUAGGACUCUGACGUUAAAGUUAUCACACAUAGUUUAGUGGUUACCCUCCUUUUGUGGCACCUCCUAAUGGGUCCCACGAUGAUUAUAGGUAAGAGAAAAAUAAUUCUGUUCAAAAAUGUAUCUAUUUAAAUGGCUACUGGAUACCUCCUGAAAUCCCUCAAAUGAAACAAUUUUAGUCAAAUAGACAUUUCUUCGUUUUAAACGGUCACAAGCCGCAAAGGUUGUGGAAACGCUGCGCUAGUGUAUGUUUUCAACAUGCUGGUGCACAGAGCAAAACAGAAUUGUACAAAUAUUUACAGUGUAACAGGUUAUGUACUGGAAGGAAGACCUGUGCACUACAGGUAGUGAGAUACUAUUAUUAUUAUUAUUAUUAUUAUUAUUAUUAUCAAGUGAAUUACUAUAUAUAAUACAGCACUGAGUAAAAGGCUUUGAGGGGUUAAAAGGGACACUUAUUAAAAGUUCAUCUUGCUUAUUUUUUUAGCAGUUUGAGUUGUUACAGUUUAUGACUUUAUUAUUCAUGAUUCAUGUUGAAAACAGAAGCACUCCUGAUGCUCUCCAGUUAAACACUAAUGGUGGGGUCGAAGCUGUGUGUUGAAGUGUAUUUAAGCCCACAUGAAUGAGCAGAAUGUACAUUUUGAAGAAGCUGUUUGAAUAUUGGAGAUUAUUUAUUCAGGUUUUACAUUACAUGUGUGUUACACAUCUUUAUCUCUAGUUGUAUGUAUGAAUUGUAAUUUAUGUGGAUUAUGUUUUGUAUAUGGAGUGCUUUAAUAAAACACUGAAUACGCA